AUGCCUCCCCCCUCCCGCUUUCUCCACGAGCCCCCGCAAGGAGGGGUCGGCUGCUUCUGGCGCGCGCAAGAGCGCGCGCGACUCCCGCGGGCCACUCCCUCCGCCUUGCGCCAGGCAGUCCCUCCCGCGCACGCGCAGUUGCCCGCGCCAUUCCCUUUGCCUGCUCGCAGGCUGCCUGGUGCUGUCUCGCGCCGCAGCCACCGCACCAGAGGCCACGGUAGUGGCACUGAGCCCCUUGGGCGCAGAGCCGCCCUCACUUUGUCUCCUGCCCGGCGCCGGUCGUCCUCUGGCGGCGCGCACCCCGGGGCCGUUAUCCUCUUGCAACGGUCCGCACGCCACGCACGCGCAGUAGCGAGGAGCGCGCGCGCGCGGGAGCGGCGGCCGCAAGAAGGAGGCGCCGCCGUCGCCAUUGCGAAGGAGGGAGGGAGCGAGCGAGCGAGGCUGGUCCGCCCUCCCCUGGUUCCCGCCCCUCCCCCCUUCCCCUCCCCGCCCCCCCGCCCCGAGGGAGAGCCGCGGCGCGGCGGGAGGAGGAGGUGGAGGAGGCGGAGGAGGGAGCCUGCGAGGGAGGGUCCGCCCGGCCCCCCGCCGCCGGAGCCGCCGCCGCCGCCGCCGCCGCCUCAGCCGCCGCUGGACGAGGAGCAGCAGAACAUGGCGCCGGGGCCGCCGUCGUCGCUGCUGGGAUCCUGGAGGCCGGAGCCGCGCUGA